CUGCGCAGUGCGCGGACUGAAGGAAACCAAUAGAUAAGUAAAGUUAAAAUGGCCUAAACUCAUUUUCAAACUCCAGAAUUCUCAGUAUAGAACAUUAAACUAUUCUGACUUUAAUAAUAGAGGGGGGUGUUAGUUUUUAUGUUUGUUUUCAUUCUUUGUAAAAUAAUUGUACGGUAUUACUGUUCUAUUGAAGCACUUUCCAAUAUGUGCCGAACGUGACAUUUUAAGCUUACGGUGAAAUUUGUUUGUGGGGUAAAUGUUUCCCUUUUUGACAUGUUUCCCGUUGAAAUCCGAAAUGGCCAUCACUAGGCAUGUGGUUUUUUUUUUAGUCCCGUGAAAGCCACAAAGUUCCCACAGGAAAAUGAAACAGUGUGUGCAGUGCAGCCUCCUCACUGAGCUGCCAAUGGAUGGAUCACAAGUUCAGACAGUACAGUAAAAACUCUCUGGAUCUACUGGACACUAUGGCUAAUAACUCCACUAACACCACAGAGGAUGCUGGAGUGGACGUGGCCUUCCCCAACCAUCUGUACAGCCAGGCGUCCAAGGCAUCAGCUGAGGACAAACUUGGGUUCACAGUCCAGAUUCUGGAGGAGGUGGCUGUCCUGUUUGAGGAGGAUUACAGCUCUGCAUCAUGGGAGAAGAACACAGUGGACCACUUUGUCAACAUUGUAACCCAGCAGGCCGAGCACCUUGGCUCCUGUGUAAGUCUCAGGCUGGAUGACCAGAACCUUACUGUUCCCUACAAUUAA